AUGGGGAUCCUCACUGGGAUCCUCACCGGGAUCCUCACUGGGAUCUUCGGGAUCCUCUCUGGGAUCCCCGGGAUCCCUCCGAGGGCAAUGCGCCGGCGGGCGGUGACCGACCCCGGAUCGUCCUCGGGAUCCUCGGGAUCCAUCAUCAGGAUCAUCAGGAUCAUCAUCAAGAUCAUUGGGAUCCUCAUCGGGAUCAUCAGGAUCAUCAUCAAGAUCAUCGGGAUCGUUGAGAUCCUCAUUGGGAUCAUCAGGAUCAUCGGCAUUGUCAUUGGGAUUGUCAUCAGCAUCAUCGGGAUCUUCAGGAUCAUCAUCAAGAUCAUUGGGAUCCUCAUUGGGAUCACUGGGAUCCUCAUUGGGAUCAUCGGGAUCAUCAUAAAGAUCAUCGGGAUUGUUGAGAUCCUCAUUGGGAUCAUCGGGAUCAUCGGCAUUGUCAUCGGGAUCUUCAGGAUCAUCAUAAAGAUCAUCGGGACCGUUGAGAUCCUCAUUGGGAUCACUGGGAUCAUCACUGGGAUCAUUGGGAUCAUCAUAAAGAUCACUGGAUCAUUGAGAUCCUCAUCGGGAUCAUCAGGAUCCUCAUUGGGAUCAUCGGGAUCGUCACUGAAAUCCUCAUCAGAAUCAUCAGGAUCCUCAUUGGGAUCAUCAGGAUCAUCGGGAUCAUCAUUAAGAUCCUCACUGGGGUCAUCAGGAUUAUCAGAACCAUCGCUGGGAUCAUCAUUGAGAUCAUUGGGAUCAUCACUGGGAUCAUCAGAACCCUUACUGGGAUUAUUUGGAUCAUUGGGAUCUUCAGGAUCCUCAUCAGGAUCAUCGGAACCAUCAGAACCAUCAUUGGGAUCGUCGGGAUCCUCACUGGGAUCAUCGGGAUCAUCGCUGGGAUCAUCAGAACCGUUAUUGGGAUCAUCGAGAUCUUCGGGAUCCUCAUCGGGAUCAUCACUGGGAUUCUCGGGAUCCUCAUCAGGAUCCUCUUUGGGAUCCCCAUCGGGAUCAUUGGGAUCAUCCAGACCAUCGGGAUCCUCACUGGGAUCCUCACUGGGAUCCUCACUGGGAUCAUCGGGAUCUUCAGGAUCCUCAUCAGGACCAUUGAGAACUUCAUUGGGAUCCUCAGGAUCCUCACUGGGAUCCUCAUCGGGAUCCCCGGGAUCCUCACUGGGAUCCUCGGGAUCAUCCAGACCAUCGGGAUCCUCACUGGGAUCAUCAUCGGGACCAUCGGGAUCCUCACUGGGAUCCUCAUCGGGAUCCCCGGGAUCAUCCAGACCAUCGGGAUCCCCGGGAUCCUCACCGGGAUCAUCGGGAUCAUGCAGACCAUCGGGAUCCUCACUGGGAUCCUCACCGGGAUCCCCGGGAUCAUCCAGACCAUGGGGAUCAUCACUGGGAUCCUCUCUGGGAUCCCCGGGAUCCUCACUGGGAUCCCCGGGAUCAUCCAGACCAUCGGGAUCUUCGGGAUCCUCUCUGGGAUCCCCGGGAUCCCUCCGAGGGCAAGCGAGAGCUCCGGGAGGAUUUUGGGGGGAAACUUUUUUUGGGGGUGGGAAAACGGGGAUUGGGAAUUGUGGGAUUUUAUCCCGGAAUUUGGAUCCUGGGGAAUUCCUGGAGGGGUUCGGGAGGAUCCAGAGGGAAUUCCCGGGGUUUAUUCCCGGGAUUUCGUCACUGGGAAUUCCUGGAGGGGCUUGGGAGGAUCCAGAGGGAAUUCCCGGGGUUUAUUCCCGGGAUUUCAUCACUGGGAGACGCUGGGAGGGAGUGGGGAGAUCCGAGGGCAUCCCAAGGCUCCUGGAACCCCAAGGAAUUCUGAUCCCCCCGGGAAUUCCCCCACCCCGAGACGUUCCCGGGACCUCUUCCCAAAAUUCGGGAGGGGAAAAACCGGGAAAAGCCCCAAAUCCAGGCCGCUCCCAACCCCCAUCCCGCCGGAAUUCCGGGGAAAAGCCCCCGGGAUCGCCCCCAAUAAAACAAAUUCCACCCCCGGCUCUGCGCUCUGGGAUUUUUUUGGGAUUCCCGGCGGGAAUUCCCGCCCCUUCCGGGAUUUUUUUUUGGGGUUUCACCCCCUUCACCCCCCCCCUUUAAUCCCAGAAUUCCCAAAAUCCCGGAAUUCCCGGAUGAGCCCCCAGAAAGAGGGCGGGUGACGAAUGCAGAAUUCCUUUAAUUAG